AUGUCGGAACUACCUGAACACGAACAAGAAACAUGUGAUUUGAAUGAUGACAUAGUAUUGACCAAACAAAAUUUGAAAGGCGAUUGGCUCAACUUUUUUCUAUUGUUAUUGCUCUUCAUUAUGGUAGGAUUGCCUGUGGGCUUAUCGACUGCACUACAGAUCAUUUUGCAAAGCCGAAAAAAUACGACGUACAACGACCAGGUAAACCUAUAAACCUACGAAAAAACUAUUUAUGUAUCAGAGAGACACAAAUGUAGAGAAAAAUUCAAUUUUUAUUUUCAUCCCUUAAUCACUGAAAAAAAUAACUUUUUAAAGUUUUCAAAAUAGCUAAUUUGUAAAAUGUAUUAUUCUAAAAAUUUGAAUAUAUCAAACAUUCACAACCGAUCAAUACUUUCUUAGUAAUAGUCGUGUCCACCUAAUACAAAACCGGAUUAAAAAAAAUUGUUUAAAAAAAGUGAAUAUUCAUAGAGUUAUUAGCAUUCAGAUAACACUGUAGAACACUUUAUAUACAUAUUGAUAUAAAAUAACUUAAUACAUACCUCACUAGGAGCAAAGUCUAAAAAUAAUGAUUGUUUAUAUGUUUUAAUAAAUGUUUUAUUUAUUACAAUAGUACUAUUGUUACUCAUUGCCAGGUGAUCCAUACAUAAGUGGGUACACUCAUCAUGGAAAAUAUUAGGUAACUUUUUUUCGGAAUUUGUUUUCCAGAACAUUUAAUAAACAUGUAUUAUUAACACGCCGUGCGUCUUACCAUCACACAAAUGGCACUCCACUAAUCUCCUCCAACCCAAACUAAAAGGUGGAAUAUCUCGUCAACGGCUUGACAGAAGUCAAUAAUUUUAACACUAAAAUUUAUUUAAACUAAUACUCCAUCAAUUUAUGGAAUUUUUAAUGUAGGUUAACGUUUGAAAAUCAAAAAUAGGUAGUGGUUUUACCUCCAAAAAUAAGCGUGAUAAAAAAUAACAUAAAUAUAAAAUUGUAGAGCAACUUGGUUUCUAAAUUUUCUAGAAAACAAAUUCCUGUAAAAAUUAAUACUUUCCGAGAUAAUGAAUGUAACCACUUAAAUGAAUCACCUGGUAUACCUAUGAUUCUUAUUUGUAUUAUGCUAUCAUUUCAGGCUCUUUUCAGUUUUAUACACUGGCCGUUUAGUUUUAAACUAUUAUUUGCUCCGUUGGUAGACACGAUCUAUGUACAAAAACUGGGUCGGCGUAAAUCUUGGCUCAUACCCGUUCAAUAUAUAUUAGGUAAGUAUUUAAAAUCGUAUUUAUUUAAAAAUAUUAAAUUUAAAAUAAAUACUUAACUAUUGGUAUUAGUAACAAACUAGGUGUAUAUACAUAAAUUGCCACAUCAGUUAUUAUUGUUUUUAUUAUGUACUUACAUUUCGGUAUUGAUGUUGAACAGGAGCGACUUUGGUUUAUACAGCCACCAACAUCGACGAGUUAUUGCCUGAAACUGGAAAAGCGAACAUCAUCGUACUGACGUUCGUGUUCUUCGUGGUAAAUUUAUUAGCGGCUAUACAGGGUGUAAUCGUUGACGGUUGGGCUUUGACUAUGAUGAAAAAGUAAUGAACUUCUACUGUUGGUUUAAUAUUAUAUUUUCGUCGGAGGGCAUUUUUUUUCUAGCCAUACAAUGAUACUUAAUGACACACUUUUACUAUUUUUUAUUUAUAAUAACUUUUUGUAUAGCUCCUUAUAUGUAGGGUCGUAUUACCGCAUAGAUAUUGUAAGCAUUAUGCCUAGGCCUCCCGACAUUUUCAAUAAUAAUUUUUGCAAUUUAUUAAGUUUAACAAAGGUAGGCAAUAUAAUUGACUUAACGCCGUUUCAAUUAUAGAUAGGCAACUAAACCACUGAACCACUUCUCGCAGUAGUUGAAUGGCUGACAGAUGCGAUUACGACAACAGUCCGAUGACGAUGUUAGUCACAUACAGACAUUUUUAUACGACGGAAGAAAAAACGUUCAUUGUUUUUACGUACGGAAAAAAAGUAAUAGUGAGGUGGAGUAAUGGAGGAUCCUUAAAGAUCUGUGAUGUAAUGACCACUAGAUCAACAGUCUGCUAGAUUACCCUUAAAAUUAGUAUUAUUACUAUUAUUAAUCGACAGAUAGCUCCAAAGAUCGACCAAUGGACGACGGGAAACAGAAUGAAACAGAAACAGAUUUAUCAAUCGCGGGAGGAUUCUGUUUGUGUCCAGUUCAUCGCAUCGAGUGAAAUAAUUCACGGAAAGGAACAUAUAAUUUAGCGGAAUGGGUGUUAUAAGAAAUAGAACAGGAAACAAACACAUAAUUUUGUUUCCGGAAUUUAUGUUUAUAUUUGUAUGUAACAAACUAACAACUAAAUAGGUAUACAUAUAAAAAAAAAAGGUAACAAUGACGAAAAAUAAUUGGCAAAAGGCUAAGGAGGGCAUAACCGAGAAAAUAGGUACGAAAAAAAAAACAAUAUAACAAUACGUGUAUCUACGAAAAUAUAACGAAUACAACAAUAGAAACAAAAAUAAUAUUUUAAACCAUGAUACGCAGUAAUUAAAACAAAAAAAACGAACAAAAAUACGUUUGGUAAUAACUCCAAUUUUAUAAAAUUGCAUAAGUUAUUGAUAACAUUUUACAAUGAUUUGUUAACAAGUAUAGAAAAAUAACGAAGGAAUUUUAAAAGAUGGAAAUAAUUAUUUAAUUUGUGUGGCACAAACAGUAUUAUUAAUAUUUCCUUCAAUUAAAUAUUCAUAUUAAAUGUUAUCUAGAUUGAGAAGACUUGGACGAUGCUUUUAUGAACGAAUUCAUUAUUUUUAAGAACUUUUGUGGACUUGGAAUGUUAUUAAAACAAAUAAAUAUAAAAAUGAUAUCAAGUUUCCCGAAUUUAAAUAUUACCUUUAGAAUAUACUUAUCAAUUAUUAGAACACCAUGCAAGAGUGAAAGAUAAUUUUCAGCAUUGAAACGAGUAAAAAUUGACAAAGGUCAACUGUUAAACAAAUAAAAAUGAUCGUUCUUAUCGUUGCGGUUAAUAGAACAUGAACAAAUAAAUACCGAUGAAAUAAUAUAAUAAAAAUACGCUAAAAAAAAUGUAGAAAAUUAAUUAUAGAUUCUGAGUAGAAUGAAGAAGCUUAUGGUUUUACAAAGAUGUUUUUUUUUUAUCUGUUCACAACUUUUAUACCAGAAAACUUGCUAGGGAAAUUUCACUAAGGAGGUACUUUAGAGAGGUCAUUUUUCGAUUUUCUAAGGAGUUUUCUCAUCAAAUUUGAAAAACCGAAAAAAAAUGGUAAAAUAUAAGAAAUGUAGGUAUGAAUUAAAAUAUAUUACAGCCUUCUUUUUUUCUGGGCACAACUUUUCUACCAACAAUUUUACUUCAAAUUUUAUUGAUACUAAUAUUUCUAAAAGUAAAUUUCACUAGGGAGGUACUUUAAAAAGGUCAUUUUUCGAUUUUCUCAGGAGCUUUCCCAGAAAAUGUGAAAAACCACGACAAAACAUGGGAAAACCGGAAAAAACGUAAGAAAACUGGGAAAAUCGGUACAACAUUAAACAAAUAUUAUUAAAUAAAUAUAUAGAUCCUAUUUAAUUAUUUUACUAUAAUAUGGCAUAGAUAAUGUUGACAAAGCAUCAAUAUCAACUGAACUCUGCUCAGAAUUGUUUAUUCGUAAGCAAUGGUUUACAGUUGCUUUCAGGUAUACAUUAAAUUACCUAUAAUAGUGGCUGCACUCGUCCCCAUUAUCCUAGGACGUCUUUUUAAUAAUAUUUUUUAUAAUGUAAUUUAAAUUAUUUUGUUUUUCAUAUAUUUUAUAAUUUAUAAAGUUAUAUUUUAUAACAUAAUUUCUCCAUAUUGUGGAGAAAGUACCCAGGGCCCCAAAUGACUUGAUCCAGGCCUGCUUGUUUGAUCUCUUCCUUACAUCCAAAAUAAUUUGUUUCAUGAAUAAGACAGUCAAGGCUUUCCUCUCCUUGUUAGUCUUUCGAUUUUUCCUUCUAUUAUCGUAGUUAUUCACGUACUAUUCCUUGUUAGAUGUCCUAUAAGAUGUUCAGGAUUUUAUUUUUAUUUUGUCCAUCAUCAAUAUUGCCCAUGUUUUUAUUAUACCAUUCCAUUGAUUUUAUCAAUGAUUUCCUUGUAUUAAUGUUAAUUGCCUUUGUAUAGUGAAAAGCUUUUGUCUUUUUAUAGAACCCAUACUUCACUUAAGCUAUUCUACAAUUUAUAACCAUGUAACUUUACUCAAUAUCUGUAACACUGCUUCCUACUAAGUACUGUUUUUAGUUUCUAGUAUUGUCUUAAAUUAUAUUAAAAUAUAAUUUCAGUUUUCUACAAAAGAUUAUGUUACUUUUGUAUUAUUAAUAGUCUUGAUAUACUACUAAAGUUUGUUUUCCAUUUUCUUUAAGUUUUCUUCGAUAUAUUUUGCGGAGUUUUCUCUCUCUAUAUAUAUGGUAAAUUGAACAAUAUAGAUGCUUAUGUGUGUCACAUAAGCACUGAGCAAAUCGCGAUAUUAUUCGCCACGGUGUUUUUGUAUAAUAUUGUGUUCACAGAAAUAAUGUUGGGCACGCGUCCUUUUGCAAUUCAGUGGGACACACAUUGGGAAUGCUGAUCAGUCACGUAGUAUCCAUCCUGUUCACCUCGAAAGACUUCUGCAACAAAUACUUUCGGAAUACCCCUGGCACCGCAGGAAUACUGACUAUGAAUUGUAAAUAAGUAACUGCUAAUUUUCAAACAGCUUAUUUUAUUUUGGUUCUAGUUCAUUGACGUAUUAUUCAUAUUUUAUAUUUUAUCAUAACGUAUUGCACAAAUUAAUUUAAAAACAAAUACAUCAGAGAAAUAAUGUUAUAUUUAUUACUAUCAGAGAAUUAGUUAUUCAUAUCGUAUAUGUUAGUAUACAAGAUCUCAUAGGACUAUUUAACAAAUAUAAAAACUUCUUUUUCAUCCAAUAUUUGUUUGGUUUUUUUCUUUAGAAUCGGAGUGAGCGAGGGAUAUAUUGAUUUUACUAUACGUGUAUUAUUUUUUUGUCAUUUACUAAUUUUUCAAACAGUUUUUCAUAGUAAUUAAGAAAAACCGAAAAAAAAACUGAUAAAUUUAUGGCGUUAUGAUUUCUUUAUUUAAAAUUUCUUAAAAUUUAUGUUUUCUACCAAAACUAUUACUCCAACAAAACAAAUGAUAAAAGAUAUUUUUGUUCAAAACUUUUUUGAUCAACUUAAAUCAAUUAUUUUUAAACAAUUUUUAAAGUUUAAUGAAAUAUUUAUGAUAUUUUUUAACCGCUUAAAUUUUCAAAUAAUUUGUUAUUAUAUGAAAUAUUGUACAAUUUGAUAAUUUUCUGAUCAUAUUAAUAAAGGCUAUGAGUCUGUUAUUAACUUCGGAGAUGAUAUGAAUAAUCAAAUUCUGCUUUUUUUUUUUUAUGCAUGAAUCACAGAAAAAAGACUUCAAAUAUUUAUAUUUCAAUUAAUUUUUAUGCUUGGGAAAAAACUUGAAAAAAUAACUUUUAGUUUUAUUAUUUUUGAAAAAUUUAAAGAAAUUUUAUAGAAUUUAUUCUUCUCGAAACUUGAUGUAUCAACGUUUUAUUUUUAUUAAUUUCAUGGUUUUUAUAAUUUUUAAAAGUUCAGAAAAAGUACAGUCAGUUACCUAAUACUUAUAAUAAUAAUCAAUUGGCGAAUGCGAUUACAGCCAGCUACAUAAUUAUAGGUACUUUCAAAAAAUAUAAAAAUCACGAAUCUAAUGAAAAUAAAAAUUGAAACUUCCAAAUUUUCAGAAGAAUAAACCCUAUAAAAUAACUUUAAAUUUUUCGAUAAUAAUAAAAUAAAAAGUUUUUUUUUUUAUUAAAACAAAAAUUUAAUUCAAAUAUAAAUAUUUGUGGCCCUUAUUCCUGUGAGUAAUAUAAAAGAAAAACAGAAUUUGAUUAUCUUUAUUUUCUCAGAAGAUAUUGCAAUGGGUAUAUCUUAGUGGGACACUCUGUAUACACCUGCAGUGAGAAGUAAGUGGCACCUAAUGGUUGAUGGGAGGGGGCACAUGUAUAAACUGACCCAGAUCAACUAUUCAUUUGAAAUCAAUUAAUAACGCAAAAAAAGCGAUUGUAUAGAUUUAUAGAUAUAAAUAUAUAGAUGUAUAGAAAAUGAUUUUAUAGAUUAAGUACUUAGACAAAGUGCGAAUGCGUCUUCGUUAAAGCUCUGAGUAUGAUUCAUCCCGGAUCCGGCGCGCAACGGCUGCUUACAUUUCGAAAAUUGGUAUUUUUAUAUUUAUUUGUUUAUAGUUUAAUAUAGGUAACCUAAUUAUUAAAACAAAUAGUACAAUUUAAUUUUUAAAUUCAUAGUUCCAUCGUUUUUUUUCGUACUAAAAACCAAAAAAAUAAUUUAUGUAUAUAUUAUUAAUUAUUAUUAUGCCACAUAAAUCACUUAAGUGCAGUUUUUUUCCUGCACCCAGAGUCUAUUUCAUAACACGCUUGUAGAAACAUAGAUAUAGAUGAUAUCUAACACUAUAUUAUUAGUUACUAAUAGGAAAUUAACGUGUCUUAUUCAUCUAAUUCGAUUUAACUAAACCUCUUAAUUUAUUUAUUUAUUUAAUUUACCAGCUAACUUGCCUAAUAUAAUUGUAUUACAUUUCUACAGGGAUAUUAUACAGUAUGGGCAUAUUAUUCAUAUUAGUCUCAACAUUAAUCACUAUACUAAAAAAAGAAAAAGAUUUUAGAUUAGAAGACAAUCAUGUAAAACUCAAUAUUGUUCAAAAUUACAUGUUAAUAUGGAACAUAUUAAAGUUACCUAGUGUUCAAUUACUAGCGCCGGCAUUACUAACAUUUAAAGUAAUUUUAUAAUCAGGUUUUAUUUUAAAUUUAUUUAUUGUUUAUUUCAUGGUGUUUUGUAUUGAACUUUACAAAUAUUCAAAAAGUAAAAAUGAUAAUUGUUUUCAAAAUUCAAAUUGAAAUUCAUGUAAGUUUCUAAAAUUUUCUUUGACUUACUAGUAUUUUUAUUUGUAAUAUAAACUUAUAAAUAUUGAUUUUUUAAUGGUAAAUUAUGAAUUUUAAAAAUUAGAUUAAUUUUUUAUUAUUAAUCAACAUUUGUUUUGAUUUUAAGAUUGGAUUUGCAACAACAGACGUGUCUAUUUUGAAGUUGAUUGAUGCGGGCGUAUCAAAAGAUACGAUUACGGUUUUAAAAAUAGUAAUUACGGUUGGAAAUAUAAUAAUAACACUAAUAACGGCGAAAUAUACAACAGGUCAAAAAUCAAUUUUUAUAAUGUUGAAGUGUUAUCCUUUAAGGUAAAUAUAUUAAUUAAUUCACACAGAACAAUAUUAUCUGAAAAAAAAAAGAGAACUGAUGGGUGCACCAUUGUUAUAGAUGGGAAAUUGGGAGGUAGAAUACAUACAUUUAUUUAAUUUAUAUCUAUUAACAAUGAUAAACGAUGGCUAACGAAAAACGAUUUUGAACGAAGUUUGUUUAUACAUGAUUUGAAAAGUCGUAAUAUUUACUAUUUUGAUCUUUUCUUUUAUCAAGAAAAUUACUACUAGAAAAAAAAAUGUGCUUAUCAUAAUUUAAUAAUCAAAAUUAAAGCAAGAUUUAGAAAAGGAUAGAAAAGUUGUUUAUAGGCUGAAAAAAAACACAACAGUAAAAUCAAUACAUUCUUUAUUCUCCUCAAAAUCUAAACCAUUGUAUAUUUCAGAUUAAUUUUUAACAUUUCGUUUGGUUUACUUGUUUUUUAUACGCCUCAAUGGAUAGAAUCUAAUGGGACUGAAAAUAAUUCGAUAUACUACUAUGCUACCUUUAUACUUCUAUCAUUAAUGCAAAAUGUGAGUUUAUUACUUUUAUAAUAAUUGUUACCUAUUUUAAAUAUAUAUUUUUUCCGUCUACCGUUUUAUUGUUUUUAUUUAUUUAUUUUUUUCAAAAAUAAAAUAAUAGCGAAACGAAUGUAACAAUAACUAUACUGUACUGUAAUAACUAUAUGUUUAUGUUAUUUACGAUACUAUGCAGGGUAUCUCACAAAGAUGUGAUUAUUACAAUACCUGGGAAAAUAACUUUUUCCGGAAUUUUUUUAUUUUACUUAGCUCUAAAAAUAUCACAUAACUAUUAUUUUUUAUUGCUGUUUUUUUGGGGGUGAACCAACUUCCUAUUUUUGAUUUUCUUAUGGUAACCUAAAAUAAAAUUCCAUAAGUAGACGGAGUAGGGUUUGGAUAAGGGGAGUGUAGUAGAGCAUCAUUUAUGUGGUGGUACAGAAGCGUUUGAAUAGUAAUACACUACUCUCCCCUUACGCAUACUUAAAAAUGAAAGUCCUGUCAACAAGUUGACGGAAAUCAAAAAUAUCAACACCAAAAUGUAUUUAAACUAUUAUCUCGUAUAUUUAUAGAAUUUUUAAUAUUAUUUUCAAUUUGAAAAUCAAAAGUAGAUUGUCGGUUUACCCCAUUGUAACAUUUUAAAGCUACUUGUUUCUUAAAUUGUCACGAAAAAUUUCUGAAAAAAGUUUUAUUUUUCAAGAUAUCGUAAUAAAAAUAUCUUCGUAAGACCUCCUUGUAUCUUUAUAGUUACUAUUACUAAAAACUUAAUCGCUAUAUAAUAUCAAAAUAAUCAUAUAGAUUAAAAUAUGCUCAUAGAAUUCUAAUACAUUUUUUUGUUUUCAUUAGGUAUGUUUACUAUUAAGUUAUUAAAUGUAAUAUCAAUUUGUUUUACAGGUCUUGUCAUAUACCAUAUAUGUAUCUGUAAUGGCGUUUUUCACUCAGAAAAGUGAUCCUCGUUUCGGCAGUACUUACAUGACGUUAUUGAAAACUUUUUUUAAUUUAGGAAGGACACUGGCGGAGACCUUUGCAUUGAGUAUGAUUGAUUUUUUGACGUUUAAGAGAAGUUCAUUUGAUCCCGAGAAUAAAUUGCCAACAUUAAAUUGUGAAAAAGUAAUAAAUUAAAAACAAUAUAUAUAUAGAUUAAAAUUCAAAUUUUCAUUACACUUUGAAUUACAGUCGAAUAAGAAUAUUGUAUACUGCAAAUAUAUAUAUUCGUCUGUUGUAUAUAUAUAUAUAUAUAUAUACAACUAUAUUUUAAUUUUCUAAGUACACAUAACAAAUCAAAUUCAUUAGAUAAUCUUCUAUCUGUAUGUAUAAGGUAUAUGAAAUCGCAGUAGAUAAUCUUAUACUUCCUUUUGAUAUAUGAGAUCGUUAUUAAUGAUGUUAUUGUAGUGUAUCUAGUUCGUUUUGGAUUGAAAAUCUAUACUUCAUAAUUCCGGGCCAUAUACAAGUACCUAUAUAUAUAUAUAUACAGAUUGUAUCUUGUUUAUAUAAAGCUGUGGUGAAUUAAUGUGCGUAACAUAACUUGCUGUAGUUAUUUUUACUGUGAAAAAAAAAUUUCAAUAUCUAGGAAAUAUUCCAUGAUAUUAUUAAUCAACUAUUGAUAUUACUUGUUUUUCUUUAGGAAAAUAAAGGUGACUGCAUAGUAGAUGGAUAUUACGUAGUAGCAGUUUUCUGCUCUAUCAUAGGGAUUGUUUGGUAUAUUAUUUUUAAAAAUAACCUAAAAGAACUUCAACUCCGGGGCAUUUCCCACUGGAUGGUGAAAGUGAAUAGAAAUCCUACGACGGAAAAAGCAUACUCCCUGCGACAAAUGUAA